AUGGCGGCGCCUACAGACCUCAAGAUUCUGGUCGCCGAAGACAACACAGUAAGCGCGACAACCAAGUUUCUCCCUCCCGUUCCAUCCCCGUUUCAUCCCUAUUCCAUCCUUAUUCGCAUCUCCCUUUUGUCCCCCUUUUCCUCCCCCCCGCCGUUUCAUCCGCCUACUCCCCGUCUUCUGUUCACCCGGGACGAUGCGAGCUCAAUUGCUCGAGACGCAACGCCGCACUCCCCUGGCUCUGGUUUCGUCGCCUCGUGUCACCCGCUCAUUCUUAUACUUCGCCCGCGCGGUUCACAGCUACCCGCUUCCUCCCCUGCUCCGUCUCCCCCGUUACCCCUCCCGGGCGCUGGUUGCUCAACGUUUGCGCGCGCUCGCCCCACGUAUCUCAUCCCCUCUCCCGCGACUGCGCUCUCCCCUUUCCCCCUCCAGGUGAACGUGUUGGUGCUCAUGUCCAGGCUCAAGCGCAUGGGACUUAAAGCCAUAAUCCUCCUGUACCCCUCCCUCGCUUGCCUCUAUCUUCCCCUCCCCCCUCCCCCCUCCCCCUCCCCCCUCCCUUCCCUACUCCUCCAGGUGAACGUGAUGGUGCUCAUGUCCAUGCUCAAGCGCAUGGGACUUACCUCCAGGCCUCCCGUGAAUGUGAUGGUGCUCAUGUCCAUGCUCAAGCGCAUGGGACUUAAAGCCACGGUCGCCAAGAACGGCGUCGAGGCCGUGGAGGCGGUGCAGAAGGUGAAAUUCGAUAUUAUCCUCUCCGAUAUAUGCAUGCCGCUCAUGGACGGGCUCACAGCCACGCAGCUGAUUCGGCAGUACGAGCGCACGGGGAAAUUCCCCGCGGAAGAAAUCGCCAAGGCGAAAGCGUCCGGGGCCCCUGCGGGGGACGAGAAAGCGGGGCUGGCGGAGUGGACUGGCGGGGAUGCGGGGGAAGGGGGGGGAGAGGGGGAUUUCCGCCCGCGCACGCCGGUGGUGGCUGUGAGCGCGAAUGCGCUACAGGCGGAUCAGGAUCGACCCCCUCCCAAACCGGUUGUGGAAUCAAGUAGUGAAGAAGAAGAGGAGGAGGAGGAGGAGGAAGAAGAGGAGGAGGAAGAGAAGGGGAAAGGGGGGAGAAAGGGGGCGAAAGAGGAGGAGGAGGAAGGGGAGGAGGAGGAUGAGGAGGAGGGGAAGGUUGCCAACGCUAUUGCUGCUGCCAAGGCUGCCGCUGCUGCCAGAGCCGCUGCAGUGGCUAAGGCAGAAGCGGCGGCGGCAGCAGCAGCCGAAAAAGACGAGGCUAUGGCGAGAAGCAAGGCUGCUGCGGAGCAGUUUGCUAGUAGCAGCAGCACUGGCAGCAGAGCGAGCUCAGGGCAGGCAGCAGGCGGAGGAGGAGGUGGAGGGGGAGGAGGGAGCGUGGCGAGUGGGAGAAGCAGCAGCAUGAGCAGCACGGGGAGGACUGGGGGCGGGCGCGCCACAGAUCUCGCCGAGUUGCUAUCCACUGCCACGUCAGCCGGCCCCGCUGCCGCUUCUCCUGACGCGUCACCUGCUUUGGCAGCUCCCGUGAAACGAUCGUCCAGUAAGAACUCCCUGACUUCUUCCAGAGCCAAUGGGGACGCGACAGGUGGCAGUAGGGUGUCGUCGCCUGCGCUCCCUCCUGGGGUGGUGGACGUGCGAGAGUUGAUGAGAACAGAGGAGAGGGAGAGAGCAGCAGCAGCCGUGGCGUUGGAGAAAGAGCAUAGCAGCAGCAGCAGCAGCAGCAGCAAGCCGAGUCGUAUGUUGCGAUCGAAAUCGAGGGACGGGCUGGCGGUUGCAGCAGAGACGGUUGAGACAGAGAGCGGGGAUAGCGAGUCGGAACCAGGCCCGUGGGUACAAGAGGCGCAUCACGCUCAGUUGCAGCAGCAGCAGCAACAGCAGCAGCAACAGCUGCAACAGCAGCAGCAGUUGCAGCAGCAGCAACAGCUACUGAUGCAGCAGCAGCAGCAGCUGCAGCAGCUUCUACUGCAGCAGCAACUGCAGCAGGAGCAACAGCAACUGUUCGAACAACAGCAGCAGCAGCAGCACCACCACCACCACCGGCGAAGCAGCCUAUUCCCCGACCUAGCACAGGAAGAGAAGCGGCUUCAGUCAGGAGGAGGCAGCGGAAACCUACUCUCCAUGGGCAUAGGAAGCAAAUCCAUGGGCGCUGUGUCGCGCCGCAGCACCCUCGCAUCCGUCUCUGCAGCCACCAGCUCUAUCCCCCAGCACUUCCCCUCGCCAGAUGACCCAUACUGCACCGGCAACGGCCGGGAAGUCUCCCCGCUGGGCGGCAGGCACAUGCUGCAGCAGUCUCCGCAGGGGCUGGGGUUGUCGCAGUCUGCGCAUUUGAGCCGGCCGGUGGCUCGUGUGCUAGGGCAUGAGCAUGGCGGGGGUGUGAGUCCGGAUAAGAGCGGCAUGUGGGCGCAGAGAGAGGCGCUGGUGGCGGCUCAGAUGGAGCUGCAGCAGCGAGCCCAGCAGCGGAGGUCACGGGCUGCUGCCCCUUCGAUCAUCUUCCCGGAUCUAGACCCGUUCACGUCCCACUGCAAGAACCCGUACCAGUAG